AUCAUUAUCAUUUAUACACGUUAAUUACAUCUUUAUGUAAAUAUGUACACAAAAAGUGUCGGUGUCAUACUUAUAUUGCGGAUGUACAAAUAACUAUACGGCAAUGUCCACACAAUGGCGAACCUAGGCACACUGUUCAUAAUCGGAUGCUUUGCAAGUUUCUGUAGCUGUGAGGCUGGCCCGUUUGUGUCCUUAAAACAAGGCAAUCUUGUAGGAAGAUAUUUUACAACCAGAAAAGGAAGAAUAGUGAGUGGCUUUAGUGGAAUACCUUACGCCGAACCACCUAUUGGAGAACUUCGAUUCAAGCCUUCAGUUCCAUUGAACCAGUGGAGUGGUACCUUAAACGCAACGCAACCCCACGCCGUGUGUCCCCAGUUUAACUACUACGAUAAAGGAAAUGAAAAUCCAAUUGCCGGAAGCGAAGAUUGUCUCUUUCUCAACGUUUACACUCCACAGGUACCAAAAGAUAAAUGGAAUAACUUGAGUUACCCUGUCCUCUUCUACAUUCACGGAGGAUCACUCUCAGUUGGUAGUGCUAGGUAUGAUUGGUUGGGACCUGAGUUGCUUUUGGAUAAAGAUCUCGUGUUAGUCACUGUCAACUACAGAUUAGGAGCGCUAGGAUUUCUAUCUACUGGAGAUGGCAGCAUACCCGCAAAUAACGGCCUAAAAGAUCAAGUGUUGGCGUUGCGAUGGGUUAAGGAUAGCAUAGCUAGGUUCGGCGGAGAUCCUCAAAAAGUUACGAUUUGUGGAAAUUCAGCUGGAGCAGGUAGUGUUCACUACCUGACGCUUUCGCCUAUGACAAAAGGUCUUAUAAACAGUGCUAUCAUCCAGAGUGGGGCUGCAAUUCCCCAAGCAUCUGCAAUACCCCGAAACGAAUCGAUAAGGUAUGCCCAGCAGUUUGGUGAUAAGUUAAACUGCGCAUCGGGUACUAGUGAGGAUUUGCUGAAGUGCCUUCAAGACAGAGACUUGUACGAUAUUGUCAAACAGCAGCUAACAUUUUCGACAUGGGAUCCAACGACGGGUCCAUUUCUGCCAACGAUAGAAAAAAACUGUGCCGAUGCGUUUCUCUGCCGAAAUCCCUUUAAACUGAUGCAAUCCACGAACAUAUUAGAUAUACCGAUUAUGGUAGGAAUGGUGUCGAACGAGGGAAUGAUAGUUUCGGCAGCAUUAUCUACGGAGGAAUUAGACAAAAUGGAAGAGACAUUCCAAACACUCGCCUUUCACGAUUUCAAUCUUGAAUCUUUAGCUUUAGCAGAUAGUCUGCGCAAAUUCUACUUUGGAAACCAAACAAUUGGCCUCAAGACUAGACCCGAGAUUACUGAUUUGUACACCGAUGGGUGGUUCCUAUCAGGAGUUGACUACUUGAUCCAGAACCAUUUAGCGCACAGAAAGCAGCCGAUAUACCUCUAUUACUUUGACUACAUGGGCUCUGAAAGUUACGGAUCUCUGUAUAGUGAUACCAGUUUUAUCUGUGGCCCAAGCCAUACAGAUGAAUUGUUGUAUCUGAUGUCUCGAAAUGUGGCUUUUCCGCGCUAUAAGCCAACGCCAUCUGAUGAUGAAAUGACCGAAACUAUGACUAGUUUAUGGUUUAACUUUGUUCGAUAUGGGAACCCAACACCAGCAUAUGAAUCAGAGAUGAGGCAUUGGCAGAGGGUUGUCAGCAAUAAUUUAGAAUAUUACCACAUAAAAGGGCCGCGCAAAUUAAGUAUGCGCAGUUAUUUGCUGUCAAGUAGAAGAUAUUUCUGGAGGAACAUGGGAAUUAAUGUUGAUAAGUUCGAUGUAUGAUCCUGCUUGGAGGUUCUUUGGAUGCCGAUGUUGUUUAAGUUGUCAUUCGAAAAUUAGUUGUUGCUUUUGUAUUAAAAUGCUGCUACGAAUCGACGCCAUCUUAUUUUGUCUGAGGACCUUAAGGCCAGCACUGCUACG